GUCGUUGUCGCCGACCGACGACACCGCGGCUGCCUGCCGUCACUAUUGCACAGUACCACCACUUGCCACUAUCUGUUCAGUAUUACAGUUUAGACUACUACUACUACUACUACUACUACUACUACUACUACUACUACUACCACCACCACUACGGUCCCUUGAGGUUGGAAUAUAUUAUAUUUAUAUGUGUAUACAUCUAUAUAUGUGAAUAUGUGAGUAUGUACUAUUACUAUAUAUCCAUUUGUAUAAUAAUAAUAUAUUUCGUCGCUACGACGUAACCCGUCCCGUUUUUUGCUGUGUACGGGUCGUCCCGCACCGUCCGAUUGCCGUUUUAGGUCAUUUACCAGUGUUUAUUAUACCGUGCAGCACAAAUUGAACACCGUUGCUCACUUUCUUCAGUCGCCGCCCGUGAUCGACAUCUAAUAUCCGUCCGGCUCUCGUUUUUUUGACCUGGACACGCGAUAAUAUUAAUACCGUCGUCGUCAUUGCCGAUAUCAUUAUUAUCCGCCCGUCGUACUAUUCCCGAACCUGGUAAGUUCCCAUCUCGGUGCAGUGCACGCGCUUUGUCUGCACUAUCCUAUAGAUCCGGCGAGCCAUUUUUAGCCCCUGUCAGGACACCUCCCCGUGAAUUUUGGAUGGGUUGAUUGGCACUUGACCGACAGCUGUUCCUCGUUUGUUAAGCAUACGUCCACUUCUAGGUUUCUAUUUACUGACCGUGUUUUCAUAGUACCUACUCUCUUUCGAUUAAAUUCAUUUGGAUGCCUACUUACACUAUUUGUAGUGGAUACCUGUGCUGCGAUCCACUCAACCAAAUCAAUUAUUUUACUCUUGCACAGUAUUGAGCACUGUGUGUGAGUGGAUUUCUGUUACAAACUUUCUUAUUUGUAAAAAAAAAUGUAUACCUAGGUAUGCAGUCUAUAUUCAUUUAUUGUAACCAUAAUGUCAUAUUGCAUACUGCUAUUAUUAAUAAAUCCUUAAUUUCAGUUUCUUAAGAAAUAUAAUAUUAUGUACUUGUAUAUUAUUGUAGAAUGUGUUAGAUAAUGACUGUGUUAUUCCGAAUAUAAUGUAAACUUAGUUUUGUCAUAUACAAUUACUAUACCAUCAUGAUGCCAAUUAAUUUACAAGACAAUAGUUCAAACGUGUCUCAUUAAUAAUUAAUUUUCCAUACCAACUGUUAAUAGGUUUAGCUCUAAUACAGUACAGGUUUAUCGGAUAACGUUUUUUAAUUUAAGUUUUUGUUUUCAGUUUGACAUCAUUUAAAUAGAUGCACUGUUGAAGCUGAUUAAUAACUUGCAAAAUAUUUGAUAUAUUUUAUUGACAUGGAGACAGAAACAUCUACCGUGUCUCAAGAGCAUUCUGCUGAUAAGACCACUCAAGUGAGUAGUAUUUUAUUUUAUUCAAUUUUUGUUUUUACCUAUUCAAAAUUGCUAUUUUAGGCAAGCAAUCAAAAAGACUUGUCAAGUAGUUCUAAUACUACGACUGGACCAUUGUCCAAACGUUCAGAUUCUGUAGAGUGUACAACUUCUGUGGCCACACAAGCUUCUGAAUCAGAUAUAUCCGAUUCUAAUAAUCCGUCUAAUGAUAAAAACCGUAAGAAGAAAGAUCGUCAUUUGGCUCAAGCAUUAAAAACUGUUUUGAAUAGUAUGAAUUCUUUGAAUACACCAGAAGAAAAACUAGCCGCUUUAUGCAUAAAAUAUGCAGAUCUGAUGGAAGAAAAUACUAAGUUGAAAGUAAAUAUUAUAAAUACUUAUAUUUUUUUUAAUCUUUUUAAAAACACAUUUUUUUCUACUCAUUUUAGACUGCUUACAAACAAACUGAGAAAAGAGUAACCCAAGCACUAACUGAACGUGAUAUAGUUAGAGGUGAAAUUAAUAAGGCAGUUAUGACCAGGAGUCGAUUGGAGAGUUUAUGUAGGGAGCUACAGAAACAAAACAAAGCAAUAAGAGUAACAUUUUAUUUCUUGUUAUAUUUAUUUAUUGAUAAACAAAUGUAUGUUUUUUUAGGAAGAAAGUUUAAUGCGUGUAAAAGAAUCUGAAGAUAAACGCAUGGAAAUGACUAAUAAAUUUCAAAAUACGCUCAGUGAAAUAGCUACAGUAAUGCAACAAAAUAGUGAAAAAAAUAAUAAGCUUCGAGAUGAUAAUUUGGAUAUGUCUUCUAGGCUUAAGAAUGUGUGUGAACAGUAUGAGCUUAGAGAACAGGUAAAUGGCGCUGUAAGCACACACAAAUUUAUUAUUAUUUUCAUACAGUUUUAAUUAGGAAAUGAUUCUUAGUAUGGAAUACAUGUUGAUUGUUGUAGCAAGUAGUUAAGUUAGCCAAGCAAAUUGAGCUUGAGACCCAAUUAUGUGAUGCUAAGCUAGCAAAAGCGAAUAUGGAAAUCAGUGUGGAACGAGAAUCUAUUUUAAAUGAAAAGUCUCAUUUAUUGAAAGUAUGUAAUGAUUAUUGAAUUUUUCAUAUCAUUAUAUAAUAUUAAACUUUCUUUUAAAUAGGAAAUACAACAAUAUCAACAAAGAAUUGAACAAAUGCAGAAUACUGAAAUAGACUUACGAAGUCAAAUAUCAUUGUAUGAUGAAAAAUAUGAAGAAUUUCAAAAUGCUCUAGCAAGAAGCAAUAAAGUGUUUGCUGGGUUCAAAGGAGAUAUGGAAUUAGUGGGUGCAAAUGACUAUUAAACUGUAAGUUUUGAAACUAAACUUUCAUUUUAUUUUCAUAUUUAGAUGUCAAAGAAAAUUGUUAAACAAGAAAAAGAAUCUGCUAGUUGGAAAAUGCGCUAUGAACGUUGUCAGCAACUAUUAGAUGAAAUGACAAAUGAGCGCACUAGAAUGAUAAGUGAUUUGUCUGUAGCAACUCGCCAAUUGAGUACCUUGCAAAAAUUAUGCAGAACUCUUCAUUCUGAACGGCAAGCGCUUUUGUCAAGGUUGGAAAACGGGAAAAAAACAACGGAUGUGGCUCCAGUUAUAGCAGGAGAAACAGGUGAACAAUUCACUGAAGCUAAUAUGUGUGCAAUGGCAGAUUGGUUUGCUUGCACAGAUACUAUAAAACUUAAAUGUAAUUAAAUCUACAUUUUUGGCUGAUUUUUACUCAUGUGAUGGUCCCGUUCGUUUCAGCUGAUCAGAUAAACGAGACGCUACAGACAGUCCUCGAAAGCCAAUGUAAAUUAACAGACAACGAUUCAACUGAACAGCAACCACAAGUAAAUGGUGAAGAUAUGUCACCCGAGUCACCUUCAUCAUCUCAAUCACAUAUGUCUGAUGAACCAGCUUAUGAUACAGGUGUAAGUUGUAGUUCAUCAAUCAAUGAAGACAAAGUAGAAUGUGUAGUUGAAAAUAAUGUUGAAAAUAAGCCGGUUGAUGUAGAAGAGCCUAAAAAACCUGAUAUUAAAAAAACAAAGGUAUUUACUUCAUAUUAUUUAUUUUUAGAUUUAAAAUUAAUUUUUUAAUAUGAGAUGUAAUAAUAAUUUUAUUGUGGCAUGAUGAAGACUAGUUAUUGAAUAUCGUCCAUUUCUUUUCUUAAAGUUAAAUUCUUGUAAAUAUACAAUAACAUUUAUCAUCAGCCAAACUAUUAAUUUCUUAUAGUUUAAUAAAAUAAUAUUUUUAAAACUUUGAAGAAAUAUGAUUUUUAUAGAUUAUAAUAAAAUUAGAGUCCAGAUUUUUAUGUUAACACAUAAUUUUUAACGAAUGUAUAAUGUUAGACGAAAGUAAGCAAUAAAUGUGUUUUAUAACAACCUGUUUGCUAUAUUUAAUUUUCUUAAUUGAAUGUUUCAGGAAACUCAAUCGAAACGGAAGGCUAAGAAAACGUAGUAAAUCUUAUCUUUAUUUAAUAUGUAGUAGUUUAAUAAUAAUAAAUUUAUAAAUGGAAACUGAAUUCCUAAAGAUUUUAGUGGAAGUUUUUUUACUUUGCAAAAUUAUUAAGUAUUGUUUUAUUCAAAGUCUUUAUUUAAAUAAACGUUAUUGGCCUUACAGUGGUUUUAAUUUUAUUUAUUUAAAAAUGCCAUAUUUAUUAAUCGAAUAUGUGAAAACAAG